AUGACUACUACCCAAAUGUCUCCUGAUCUUCCCAAACCCUCGUUUGCCAAGGUCGCUGCCUCCGUCUCCAAGGACUCCGCACCUCCAGCGAUUCGGCGGAUAGCCACACCAUCUAAAGAAGGAACCAUGAGCUCGACGACAAUACCAUCCACAUCCACCGCGCCCGUAAUCGCAAACGGCCGAUCUGGCAAGGCUCCAGUCGCAAGGUUGCCCUCGCCGCAACGGGAAUCAAAUAUCAACCUGACCAAUAUCGGAAGCGGUGAAGACAGCCUCGAGAGAUCUUUAAAGGACUUGAGCCUAAGGGAUAAAGCCCCUAACCUUGUCGUGAACGGUAGUGGACCUUUGGCUCCCGAGAGGCCUGCAGUCGUCGUUGGUAGAGACAGCGGAUCCGACGAUUCUCAACGAGCUGAUUCGAGUUCCGAACUCGGAACUAAGCCUCCUAGCCUGGAUGGAAAGAGCAUCACUUCAGGCACAACAUUUGCACUCGAUGAAAAGGAAUCGCUAAGACCUGACGAUAGCGCCAGUGUCAAGGCCGCUGCAGAAGAUGACGAUGCUUUCUCUGUACGCGGUUCAUUAGUUGCUGGAUCUCGCAUGGGCUCAGAGGUAGCCGCACGAGCUCGAAUGCUUCACCUGGGCGAUAUUCCGGAGCGAAGGCUACCACAACCAGUUCCAGGCACCGCAGCUCAAGGAGUUCUGACUCCCCAGAGCUCAUCAUCUGAACAACCCCCCGGUGCACCCAUGGGUACUCCUGGCUCCUCAGAUGCCCUUGGUGUCAUCUAUCGACAGGCGCCGGAUGAUAAACUUCUAGAAGCCAUGGCAUCGCCCAAGGACAGACUCUUUCUAUUACGGCUGGAGAAACAGGUCAUUGAUUUUGUGCAGGAUUCCAAAGAGCCCUACAUGGACCUUCCACCGUCCAACUCGUUCUGCAGAAUGCUAACACAUAAGCUGGCGGACUACUACCAUAUGACACAUUCAUUUGAGCCUCACGUGGGGUCUGUACGAAUAUUCAGGACGCCAUUUUGUCGAGUUCCCACCUCAUUGGCACUUAUCAACCCCAGCCCUACUGUGCCAAAUAGCAGCACUCCGCCUCCUGUUGUUCUACCCAAGAAGAUUAUGCGACGCGGCCAAGAUAGUGAAGGUGGCCCAAGUGCUAGCCCCUCGAAGCCAACUUCUGAGACAGGCAGUGAUGCUAAGGAUAAGCCCGCGGCGAACCAGAAGGAAGAGCGAGAAGAGCAGUAUAAAUUGGCACGUGAGCGCAUUUUUGGUAACUCAGAAGACAGUGUCACGGAAGAGGGCGACAAUGGCGUUUCAAGAGCCAGUUCAGUGUCUGCCAAGGACAAGUCCAAUAUCGGAAAACGAGGUAAAACUGGUAAACAACGACGUGAUGAUUCGGACAGCUUCGAUUCACGACAUCAGUACACGCCCUAUUGGGGACCUCAGCAACAGACUUGGAUAUCCCAACCGCAGUACAUGCCGCCCCCCAAUACUCAAUACGGCGCACAAGCACCACCAGGGCCAGUAUACCCAGGUCAAGUCGCACCUGUCUACACACAUCAGGGUCCCGGAUACCCUGCGAUGCCAGCUAUGCCACCAAAUCAGGCAUAUCCUCAGUACUCAGCCCCUCCGCGCUAUCCUUCUGGUGGAAGCCCUAUGACUAACUACGGUGCACCUGUUCCUCCGGUUGGCCCGCAGCAACCUGGUUGGCAACCGGGCCUUGCUCCUCCUACUCAAUACCAGGCGAGGGGAGGCACCCCAACCGGUCCUCAAGGGCAUAUGGGAAUCCCUUAUGCAUACGGGCAGCUCCCAGCAAAUAUCAACCCCCAUGAUCCCAAGAGCCAGCACCCAAUUCCCGGUAGUUAUAAUCGCAACCACGCCUUCAACCCAAAGACACAAUCGUUUGUGCCUGGUGGUGGGGGUGGCAUGGCUCCUGUCCAGCCUCCACAGCCGCCAUUCACCGCUCCCGGAUCCCAUCAUGGCAGUCCUCAAGUUGGCUCACCUCAUCUAGCCUAUCCUGGCGGUUAUCAACAGCCAAUGUCUCAGCCUUAUGGGGGCGGAUAUGGUAUGGUAAGGCAGGGGUCUAGCAACUCGAUGCCUGCAUAUUCUUCUCCUCGCGUUGCUCAUAUCCAACACGCACCGCCGCCGCCGCCGCCUGUAAUGCCGCAGAACCCCCCACACAUGGCUCCCCAGCCUCUGCCCCCUCAUUAUAGUAUCCCCAAUCGACCUAACAUCCCACAAGUACCUAGCCAGCCCUUCUCGCAUUUGCCAACAUAUGGCAACCCCGCCACUCUACCCCAGAAACCAGCUACUGGAAUUUAA